CUGUAACAUAGAAAUAUUAAACUAACUUACCUUCUUCCUUCCGCCAUGGCCAUGGCCGCAAUUCUACAAUCUCCUGCUUCAAUAACCGCUACUUCUUCCUUCGUUUUCCCCAACUUCCUCCACAAAUCAUCUUCCCAGCUCGCAUCAAUUGCUUUUCUCAAAUCUUAUCCAUCUUCAUCCGCUCGUACUAGAACCGGCAUAGUCUUAUCCCCUAGGGUUUCAACCGCAUAUAGUAAUGGAUCCAUCAGGUGUCAAGCUUCCGCCGGUGAAACCUCGACAGAAUCUUCUACCUCCGUCGUUUAUCCUGGAUUCUACGGCCCUUGGUCUAUCGACUCUGCUGACGUUCGCGAGGUAAUAUCUUAUAGAUCGGGGCUAGUGACAGCUGCUGCAUCAUUUGUUAUUGCUGCUUCGUCAACUUUUUUUCGUGAUGAUAAUGCUUUGAGUGGCUUAAUAAAGCAAAAUAUCGAUAUUCUUUAUGUUAUUGGAGCUGGUGGAUUAGGAUUAUCCUUGUUUUUGAUUCACAUCUAUGUAACUGAGAUUAAACGCACUCUUCAAGCGUUGUGGGGACUUGGUGCAUUAGGAUCUUUUGCAGCAUAUAUAUGCUUAGCUCAACCAGCUGGUAAGAGUUUAGCAGAGUAUGUUGUUGAUAACCCAACUGCAGUCUGGUUCGUUGGUCCUCUUUUUGCAUCUUUGACUGGACUUGUCUUCAAGGAAGGCCUGUGCUAUGGGAAAUUGGAAGCUGGAAUCCUGACUUUUGUGAUCCCUUCUCUCCUUUUGGGCCACCUGACUGGUUUGAUGGAUGAUGGAGUCAAGGGAACUCUUUUGGGUGUUUGGAUGGUUCUAUUUGUUAUCUUUGCUGGGAGGAAAUUUACUCAACCAAUUAAGGACGAUAUUGGAGACAAGUCGGUUUUCAUAUUCAAUGCCUUGGGGGAGGAUGAAAAGAAAGCAUUGAUCAUGAAACUUGAGCAGCAAAAGCUCAAUCAGGAUCUUGAUUAGAUAUAUAAACUGGAAAAGAAUGAAGAACAUUCAUCUGUAAGAUAAGAGACUGUAAAUAACUUUUUUUACUCUAGCCAGAGAGCUCGAAGAAGAAGCAGCAUGUCUUUGCAGAA